CAUCUGGGCCUUAUCUGCUAUGUCUCAACAGAAGUUGUCCUCAGGAAUGGCAGUGUCUGCUCAAACUACUUGUCUACCUGAGGCGGCAAUGUUGCGUCCCCCCCGGAGGAACCCCAGCUACCUCUCUGACCUCUAUCACAAUAUGGUGCAGGAAGAAGAAGCUCGGCGCGAGGGCUGGAAGAGGCGCCCACCAGUGCACAGCAGCACCAGCCUCCUGAAUAUUUCAGCCAGCGAAAAGAUACAGGAGCGACAUCCUCAGAGCACUGUGGUGGCAAGCUGUGACCCCCACCUUAGGCCCAUCAUGCGCCGCCGAGCCAGGUCUUUGCCCAGCUCUCCAGAGAGGAGGAGGAGCACAAUGGCACCGUGCCAUAUUCCUGGGUGCAAUACCAGCAGAAACCGAGUGAGGUUUGCAGAUGCAUUAGGCUUGGAACUGGCUGAAGUGAAAGUCUUCCAAGCUGGGGAAGAUCCGUCCAUCCCUCUGCACGUUCUCUCUCGGCUCUCCAUCAAUUCAGAUCUUUGUUGCAGCAGGCUGGACCUGGAAUUUACUAUGCAGUGCCUAGUGCCUGAUUUCCAGCAACCUGCCGACUGCGAGGACUUCCUCAGUCGUCUUCAGCAGCAGCAAGUGUGCCUCGAACGAGUGACCAGCUCGGAUCUGGGUCUGAACGGCACCGUCAGAGUUAUCAAUGUUGCUUUUGAGAAGCAGGUGGCUGUGCGCUACACUUUCAACCACUGGAGAGGCCAGCAUGAAGUUGCUGCUCGAUGGCAUAGUAGUGUUCCUGGCAAAGAUGGGCAGGAGCAAGUGGAUGUCUUCACCUUCUUCCUUCCUCUGCCCCCUUUCCUCCUCCAGCUUAGCUCUGUGGUUGAGUUUGCUGUGUUCUACCGAGUCAGUGGGCAGGAGUAUUGGGAUAACAACCAAGGCAAAAAUUAUAGCCUCACUUGUAGGGGUCACCCACUUAAAAUGCCCAGAGAAUGUGAGGAGAGUUGGAUCCACUUUAUCUGAGAAAAACAAGGAGAUGGAAGAGCUAUGGCCUUCCCACUGUUGCUAGUCCUCCUAUGUCUUCCUAUGGCACAUCUCUUCUUCCUGAUGUACCAAAGAUGCCCUUCAGAAUGGCAAAGAUCCUUCAGAAAAGAAAAAACAAAACAAUAACAAGUGAUCUCCAGAAAAGUAAAUAAAAAGAUGGUGCUUUUUUAAACAGAUAAAGGGCCAUAACCUUCUGCACUGAGUUAUACUCAAGCAUUGACAUUACACCCAGAUUUAAUCUAUAUAUGUUUGUUUGCAUGUGUGUAUGUACUCCUGUGAGUGCAUUGGUAAAGUACAACAGAAAGGACACUGUGAGGGGAAACAAGCCAAUUUUGAUUAACUUCCAUCAUAGAUGAGAAUAUAAGAAAGACUGGCUAUUUUUAAAUGUAGUUAUUUUAAAGUGUAGUUAUUCUUGCAGUCAGUGGAGCUGUAGGUUUGCACUUCAGUCAAUGCACUUUUGCACUUUGUUUUGCCAGAUCUUUGACAGACGUGCUAUUGGCAGAUUGAUUUUGCUACUUAGCAGAAAAAAUCUAUUGCAUCUUUUUUGUGCAGUGGUGAAGUAUUGCAGGGCCUAGGGUAAAAAAGGGAUGUUAAUAAAUACUGUAAAAGUUCAAAUAGAAAUAUAUUUUUACACACUGGAUUUUAUAAAACAAACCUGACAGUGCCCUAUUUAUUAAGCAUUCACGACCUCAAAUACUGACAAAUUAUAGGAGAAAUCUUUCUGUUGCUAAAGGUAGAGAAAUUUACUUUCGAAGAGAAAGUUCUCUUCCUUGCCAGGAUAGAAGGAAAGCAGAUUUGGAGAUGAAAAACAAUGCGCUAGGUUAUUUACGUCUGUAGAAUAAAUGAAGUUUUGCACUUUUGUAACAUGUCCCAUUUGAGGUUAUCAGAAUAGAUUAUGUGAAGUAAUAUGAAUCACUGUCUCCAGCAGCACGUUGAAGUUAUUCAUCUAGAUUGCAGUGAAAUAAAGAAGUAUUUUAUGGAUUGAUAUAACAGGCAACAGCUGGAAAGUGAGUUCAUGCUUGAUUUUAAAAAGUAAAAUAUUCUCUGAGAUGCUUUGAUAAAAGAUGGAAAGUAUUAUCAGUGUUGCUAAUGAACUACAGCUGAAUGAUUUGCAGCAAAAAUAACAAAGAAUUUUGUGGCUCUUAAAAACUAACUUUCAAUUGGCCUAAGGAUUCACGGGCUACAGGCCACAAAAGCUUAUGCUAAUUUAAACAUAUUAGUCUUUAAGGGGCCUGAAAACUCCAUGUUGUUGAACAUUAGGAAUGUCUAAUUUGAGAUAUGAAAUGUGUUUAAGCUGCAAGAAGUCUUGGAUUCCAAAAAAGCCAUGAUGAGAAUAUGAAAAAGAGGAUGGUGCCCACUUAUGAGAUUAUGAAGCUGCGUUAUUUCUUGGAAGUUCAGUCUUUGAGAAUGGGUUGAAAGCCUUUCUUUAUUUGUAUAUAUUUUCAAGAUGAAUGUAUAGUUAUAGCUCAAGCUGCAGCUGAGAAUGGAUUUACAUGUUUGUGUGCUGUUUGUCUCUGACAUUGUUUUUAUACAUGUGUGCCAAAAUGAUUUCUGCUCUGAGCUUUCAUUAAAGCAUUAAUAUGCACUAAUGACAAUAAGAACCUCCUAGUGACACACCACUUUUUGAUAGUGUGCUACUGAUGAUUCAUUAAAGAUAAUGAUGCACAGGGAUGUUGAAUUCUGUAGGGCUAGAAGUUGCCUGAUAUAUACGUAUACAGUGCAUCCGAAGAAUGCAUUUGUUAAAGAGGGCCUCUGUGAGACCAUUUUUCAAGAGGCCAUUCUUUAGAUUUCUGUAUAUAUCUCUGAAAGCACGGCUAAAGAUGUGGCAUGAAUGUGCGAUCCACUGAAAACAGUAUCAUAAAUUAAAGGUCUAAUAUUAAUUUAGCUCUUCAAACAUAAUCAGCCAGUAUUUAUUCAAUGACAUUAGGAUUUAUAUUCAAAAUUGGUGAAUUAGGAUUUAUAUCCAAAAUCUGUUCCCUUUCCAGCUUUGUAAUGUAUUUUCUUUAGGAAGCUGCCUUACCUUGAAUCAUACAUAGUGGUGCAGACACUGAUGGGAUGUAACACUCACAUUUUCAGGCGGGAUCCCCCCCCCCAUACCUAGGGAAUACCAGGGAUUGCACCUAGGACCAUCCGUAUGCAAAGCAUACACUCUACAAAUGAAGGUGGUUCCAUGUUACUUCCUUUCUACACAGUGUGGGAAUAGUUAAACCACUUGGUUUCAGAUUUUCUGGUUGCAUGGAAUUUUAUUAGGUUCUGAGAAACCUGAAUAUUGCAGUGCAUUCCAGCCGUUUAUAUUCGGUAUCCCAGGGAGACUGGAAGGGAUCCCAGAGACUCAGAGUAGAAACUCAUCACAGCAAUGCAUUUGCUAAAGAGGGCUUCUCUAUGAGCUAUGUUCUCAAGGGGCCAUUCUUCAAAUUUUGGCAGACUUUUGAAGUGCCUGACCAACAUAAGUGGCAGACAGAGUAAUGGAACAUCUAUUUUUCUUAGUCAAUAAGUGUAUUUAUAUAUCUUGAAUAUCUUUCAUGCAGUAAGCAAGCUUGAAACCGAUCUCAUUUCAGUAGAAAUCCUGCACCCACAUACUGUAUAAUGGACCAGAUCAAAGGACUUGUAGAAACAAAACAUGUUUAUGUUUGGGAAGAAAAUGCCAAAGGAAGAGGGAGAAAAAGUAGAACAGCCCUAUGAAAACUGGGCAUGCUCCAUGGCCAAGGGAUGGGGAAAAGAAACAGGAAAGGGGGUGAGAAUGUGGGAUGGACUAUCCUGGGAAAAUGAUACUUUUAGCUUACAAUUAGCUAGUUGACUUGAAAGAAGCACUUUACACUGCAACAUUCUAUACGCAAAAUGUUUCAGAUUCAGACCUUUGUACAGUUGAGAGGUUUCUAAAAGGUAAUAAUGACUUCAUUGAACUUUCUUUUUUUUCCAGACUGUGGCCUAAAUUGUUUUAACCCUUACUAGAAUAGACCCACUGAACCC